UUUCUCCUCUUUGCAUCUCAUAAUUUUUCCUCCCCUGAAUAUCUCCACACAUCGGUGGAAGAGAAAAGAAAAAAGGAGAAGAAAAGGACCACAAAAAAUGCUCCGUUCCACAGUUUCGAGGACCCUCCGCGAGCCACUCUGCCGGCAGUUCUCCGUUUCAGCUGUAGUGGGCGAACACAAUGUCAAUAGGUUAGGAGUUAUUGGUGCCGGACAGAUGGGACUCGGAAUAGCCCUCGUAGCUGCUCAGGAUGCUCGAGUUCCGGUAACGUUAGUGGAUAACUCGCCGGAGUCUAUCCAUAAGUCUAUAACCUUCAUGGAAACGUUGCUGCAGAAGAGUGUCGACAAGGGCCGUUUGGCCAGUGAUGAUGCCCAAAAAAUCAAGGAUCGCGUUACCACGUCUACGCAGCUCUCAUCUCUCUCAGAAUCCGAUUUCGUUAUCGAAGCUGUGCCUGAAAUCCCCUCACUGAAAACGAAUAUAUUUUCCAAGCUAGCAGAGAUCACACCUUCAAACGCAAUCCUCGCGACAAACACCUCAAGUAUCAGCAUAACCAAAAUCGCAGCAGCAGCGAGGGGGGCCGAGCACCGGGUUCUGAGCACACACUUUAUGAACCCAGUACCUGUUCAGAAAGGUGUCGAAAUCAUCACGGGCUUACAAACCUCUCCUGAAACCCUCACCCGUGCCCUCAGCUUUGUAAAGGCCAUGGGGAAAAUCCCAAGCACGAGUAAAGACUCGCCAGGAUUCCUGGCAAACCGUAUACUGAUGCCGUAUAUCAAUGAGGCUGUGAUCUGCCUCGAGACGGGGAUAGGUGGGAGAGAGGAUAUCGAUAAUAUCAUGAAGAAUGGGACCAAUGUUCCUAUGGGGCCACUGCAGUUGGCCGACUUUAUCGGGCUGGAUACUUGUCUGGCCAUCAUGAAAGUCUUGCACGAGGAUACGGCUGAUUCAAAGUACCGUCCCGCGGUCUUGUUACAGAAGAUGGUUGAUGCAGGGUGGUUAGGGAAGAAAUCUGGGAAGGGUUUUUACGACUACCCAUGAAAUGCGGCGCAGAGUAGUUGUUAAUCCUCUCCCAUUGGUAACAAUAAUCGAUUGAAUAUCAGCGAAA